UUGCCGGACAUCAGUGUGACCCACUAUAAUCUCACAGUGAUUGAGGGGGACAGAGUCACCGUCACCUGUAAUGGAUCUGGAUCCCCCCUCCCUGAGGUGGACUGGACCGUCAAUGACCUCCACUCCAUCAAUACUCACCAGGUGGGUUAGCCAGGACAAACACAAAGGGACCCACAAAGCACUGAGCUAUUCUUCGUUGUAAUGGUCGUACUAUUGUGCUUUGUGUCUAGGUAGCUGCAGGAAACAACUUGGCUUGUGACCUUGGAGUUUGUGUUAGCUACAGUACAACUUUGGGGUCCAUUUUACUUAGAUUCCAGGCAAUUCUGGAAUUCUGUUGUUGUGCUAUGAAGAUAAAUUCUAUGUCCAAUUGAGGAAAUUAAAUGGAACUGACACCAACUGUGUUUGUGUGCUUGUGAUUUCACAGCUUUCUGAAACUCUUAAAAUGUAGUUAAACUGCUUUAUACAGAGAAUUAUAUCUGAAAUCCUGAGUAAGAAUUGUCUGCCACUAUACACUAUAUUUAUCCUACAGUAUCACUCACUUCUCUUUCUCUCCUGCUCUGUCCAGUCCAACGUGUACUGGCCCAAUGUCCACUCCAUCAACCUGACCCUGGUCAACGUGAGCCGUGAUGACAACUUCUACAUGCUGACCUGUAUAGCAGAGAACAAAGUGGGGAUGGCCAACGCCUCCAUUCAGCUCACUGUCCAUUGUACGUAGCUACCAAUAACUAGUUCAAGUUCAAAGUUGUAUUCAUCAAAUUGCAGAGCACAAACACUCUCAAGUGUUUGCUGUUUGAUGACAGUAUUCAGCUCAAUAUUCAGCUCAGAGGCCAAUGUACCAACAGAUAACACCAAUAUUCAGCUCACAGCCAGCCCAUGAAUGCUGCAGAGGUCAGGCACCUUGUUACAACACUACUUAGAUUUUAAAUGCAGUUAAAGCGGCAAUCUGCAGCUGAAACAAUAACAAAGCGUCCUCCCACCCGUUUCAGUAAAAAGCUGAGGGAUGGGGCUGGAGAAAUGUAACCACUCUCAAAUUCGUAGACAGAGCAUAGGAUGCAAGGACUGACCAUCCAUGAUAUAAAAAUGAAUGUUUUAACCAUGUUUUGAGGCUAUAUAGUGUUUGCUUACAUUGACUUUGUUUACAAACAUUGGAGUAAAACAAGCUUAUAUUUAGGGUUCUGAUAGGGGUACUAUAGUUGAACUAAGCUCAUGAGGCAUUUAUAAGUUAUAUUCUACAAGAAUUAAUGGGUAUAUAUGAUUAAUUUAUAGGUAAAUAAUUGGAUGUAGCUACUGCAGAUUUCCCUUUUAAUUAGUUGUUUAAUUGUCUUUUAUUUUAUGUAAAUGCUGCCAUGCAUUCUUUAUAUGCAUAUAAUUUACAUUUACAUGGACAUUCUCCUAUAAUGUAGACUAGUGGGAUUAUAUAUGUGUAAAAUGCCUCAUUAAGGAACAAGCAACCUCCCUUGCAUGAUGAUGCCUGACUACUGAACUUAAACUCCCUCUUAUAGAUUAUAACUACUCCUAUUCAUUCUAUAACUACUCCUAUCCAUUCUAUAAGUACUCCUAUCUAUUCUAUAAUUACUCCUAUCCAUGCUAUUCUGUCCAUUCUAGCCUAUCCAUUCAAUAACUACUCCUAUCCAUUCUAUAAGUACUCCUAUCUAUUCUAUAAUUACUCCCAUCCAUUCUAUAACUACUCCUAUCCAUUCUAUAAGUACUCCUAUCCAUUCUAUAACUACUCCUAUCCAUUCAAUCAGUACGCCUAUCUAUUAUAUUCUCACCAUUCUAUUACUACUCCUAUCUAUUCUACCCUAUCCAUUACAGUGCCUUGCAAAAGUAUUCAUCCCCCUUGGCGUUUUUCCUAUUUUGUUGCAUUACAACCUGUAAUUUAAAUGGAUUUUUAUUUGGAUUUCAUGUAAUGGACAUACACAAAAUAGUCCAAAAUGAAAAAAUUAACUUGUUUAAGAAAAUGCUAAAAAAAUAAAUAACGGAAAAGUGGUGUGUGCAUAUGUAUUCACCCCCUUUGCUAUGAAGCUCCUAAAUAAGAUCAAGUGCAACCAAUUACCUUCAGAAGUCACAUAAUUAGUUAAAUAAAGUCCACCUGUGUGCAAUCUAAGUGUCACAUGAUCUGUCAUAUGAUCUCAGUAUAUAUACACCUGUUCUGAAAGGCCCCAGAGUCUGCAACACCACUUAGCAAGGGGCACCACCGAGCAAGUGACACCAUGAAGACCAAGGAGCUCUCCAAACAGGUCAGGGACAAAGUUGUGGAGAAGUACAGAUCAGGGUUGGGUUAUAAAAAAAUAUCUGAAACUUUGAACAUCCCACGGAGCACCAUUAAAUCCAAUAUUAAAAAAUUGAAAGAAUAUGGCACAACAACAAACCUGCCAAGAGAGGGCCACCCACCCAAACUCACAGACCAGGCAAGGAGGGCAUUAAUCAGAGAGGCAACAAAGAGACCAAAGAUAACCCUGAAGGAGCUGCAAAGCUCCACAGUGGAGAUUGGAGUAUCUGUCCAUAGGACCACUUUAAGCCGUACACUCCACAGAGCUAGGCUUUAUGGAAGAGUGGCCAGAAAAAAGCCAUUGCUUAAAGAAAAAAAUAAGCAAACACGUUUGGUGUUCGCCAAAAGGCAUGUGGGAGACUCCCCAAACAUAUGGAAGAAGGUACUCUGGUCAGAUGAGACUAAAAUUGAGCUUUAUGGCCAUCAAGGAAAACGCUAUGUCUGGCGCAAACCCAACACCUCUCAUCACCCCGAGAACACCAUCCCCACAGUGAAGCAUGGUGGUGGCAGCAUCAUGCUGUGGGGAUGUUUUUCAUCAGCUGGGACUGGGAAACUGGUCAGAAUUGAAGGAAUGAUGGAUGCCGCUAAAUACAGGGAAAUUCUUGAAUGGGGGGGGGGGGGGGGGGGGGGGGGGGGGGGGGUGAAUAGUUAUGCACGCUCAAGUUUUCAGUUUUUUUGUAAUUUCUUGUUUGUGGUAGGCAUGUUCUUCAAAGUGGUAGGCACGUUGUGUAAAUCAAAUGAUACAACCCCCCAAAAAAUCUAUUUUAAUUCCAGGUUGUAAGGCAACAAAAUAGGAAAAAUGCCAAGUGAGGUGAAUACUAUCACAAGCCACUGUAUAUAACUAAGCCUACACUUAUCCAUUCUAUCAGUAUUGUCAUGCGUUCUAUCCUCUACAUUCUGUCAGCGCCGAGAGGUCAUUGUGUUGAAUAUUGAUCCCUGCGAGCUGGGGGGUUGUUUCCUUGAAUGUGGAUAGUUCAUCGAUGAGAAGGCAGUGGUCCUUUCCGUGAAAGAUGACAGAGAUUUAAAGAAUGUUUCAUCACAUAAUGUGUGUGAUUGCUUUCCAGCAGAGCGAGGAGAGGGGAGCUCUGACCCUGUCCGUUGGGAAACAUCUGGAAGGUCCUGCUAGUUAUUCAGUGGCGGUGCACUGGUGCAGCACUGCAAAGCCAUUUGUUUUUGUUUGUGAUGUUCUUUAUGAAACCACAUGGUCUUUUGGUUUUCUUGGUAAUUGCCAAUCAUCCCAACAGCCACUUGGCUUGUCUGUUGGAAAUGCCUUAAAACAGAGAGUCAACAGCUGUGGUGAUUAGUUAGACUAACUGACAGUCAAGCCAGGAAAUAAUUGCUGUCAGUUUGAUUUUCGCUCCACUAUAGUUCAACACUUUGUGUUGGCAUGAUGUUCCUAUGAUCAUUACAAAACACUGUUUUCAUAGAAUACUCUUUAAAAAAAAUGGGAACCAAAUAAGGUUCUUGAGAGCGAUGCCAUAAGGGAAUCAUUGUAGGGUCUCUGAAGAACCAUAAAUGGGAUGGUUCUUUGAAGAACCAUACAAAAAUCCCAAACCAGAAAUGUUUUGGCCCUCCAGGACCGGAAUUGAAUAGCCCUGCUGUAGGGUUUUAAGCCUUAUUUGCAUAUUUCCCAGGGUGUCUUUAGAGUGAAUUUUAGAGUUACCAGUACCACCCAUGACUGUGUUUGCUAGAGACAGAGACAUGGUUGUUGCAUUCAUUCAUUUUCACUCCUGCUUCAACAAGUGAGAUAUUAAGUGAAUAUGUUGUCAUUAAAAUGAAAUGAUUGGAUUAGUUUAGAAACAUUUACGUUAUUUAUAUUUCAGUAGCAAAAGAUGAAUUAAUCAAUCAAUGUACAUGCAAAAACAUAGAUAUUGAAACAAACAAUUCUAAACAUCAACCUGUAAUAGAGAAUGCUGGGAAAUAUGAAAUUGAUGAGCAUGGUUUUGGUUCAACUCUGGUUAUUAACACCAACACUGGGGUUAUUUUACACCACUGAGUGUUAAUUUAACUCUUUACAGUGUUGAUUUAACUCUUCAAUCAACACUAGAAAUGUUACACAAAAAGAUCAUCACUAGUUAACACUGGCCAAUUUUCUGUGUGAUAUUAAAGGGACAUCUGCAGGCUUCCAUACAUUUCAAGAACCUAUUAGAAUUCUGAAGAACUCAAAGGUUCUUUAUCAGGCAAGAGUUCUUCAAAAAACCUUAGGAACUGAGAAAGAACCAUUUAAGAUCCGUCAUUCUUUUCAGUUAAACUCCCAAACGCUUCUUUCUUUUUUUCUUCUAAAGCAUUUGAUUGUUAGUAUGGUGGACAUUUAUCUGGCCCAGACUUACAGUCUGUUUUCCCUUAGCAACCAAAAACCUCCUUUAUUAGACCACACUGUUUCCAUCAGCUGGAUACCAUUACAGGGUAAUAUGAUAAUUCUUUGUUGCUCCUGCAUUUACAUUCAUACUGACGGGUGUUGGCAACAGGGGUGUAACACUGUUUUCCCCGUACCCAAUACCUACAGUAUUGAUUGCCAGAGAUCCGCAAACUCAAGUCUCUCUCUCUCCUACGCUCUCUUAAGCUCUCUUACGCUCUCUCUCUGUCUUUUUCUCUCUUUCUCCCCCCUCUCUCUCAAGCACUCAGUUUUCACAGAGACCCCCUUCGUUUUACCUUGCAUUAACUAACAAUGAGGAAAUUGGCAUGGUCUCAUAAUGUGUAUAUUAGCCGAAUUAACAGUGAAUCAAAAUAUGAUUGAUGCUUUAUGUGAGCUCAGUAUGGCACAUUUACAGCCCUGUAAUUUCAGAUGGUUAGCUAUCUUUUAACAUACCGACCAUGGAUGUGGAGUUACAGUAUAUGGUGGGUGCAUUUAUGAGGUGUGAUAUUUUUACUGCCUCUGGAUGCCAUCCUUCAGAGUUGAUGUGUCCACUCAACCAAAAGCCUGGAGACAACCCAAUGUUCCUGUGGUCAGCAGCCACGUCCUAGCAGGAGCUUCAAAGAUAAAAGAAACACUGUUUAUACUGCUGGCCUUCAAACCACUCAGUCUCUACAGACAAACAAGAAAUAACAAGUCAGACCCCUGAACAUUGGUACAGAGCGUAACUAGAAGAUUGUGUGUGUCACAUGUCAUGAUGCUGACACAUUGAAUAAUACAUCUCUGACAUACGUGGAAACUCCUCUCCCCCUGUCUGUCCUCCCUCCCAACAGUCCCCCCCACCAUCCUGAAGCUAGACGAGCCCGAGCGUCGCCAUGAAACCUGCAUAGAGUUCACAGUGCGCGGCAACCCCCAGCCCACCCUGCGCUGGUUCCACCGGGACAAGGAGAUCCCCCCCAGUGACUACAUCCGCACUGAGAUGGAUACCUACCAGGACUACCUGGAGGGAUGCCUUAACUUUAAGGACCCCACGCACCACAACAACGGCAACUACACUCUGGAGGCUAGCAACUUCCUAGGAGUCACCACCAAGACGGUGUAUGGACACUUCCUCAAUGCCCCGUUUUCAGAUGGUAGGUAUAUUUGACUAGCUAUAGUAGCUAUAUAUAGUGGUACAGGUAUAUAGUAGCUUUAUGCCUGUGACCUUUCAUUAGUCCAACAGGAUAUUGCAUGGAUCAGUGGAUCGGCGCAGCAGAACUAAAACUGUUAAGUGUUACGGUCUUAUUAACGGGUUCACUGAUGAAUAUAGAAACAGUCUCUCUCACUGUCACACCUCUAUUAAUAAAGGGGAUUUAUUUAGAGGUGAUAAGAUCUCAUUGGGAAUGUUACUCUGUGUUCUUUAGAAAAAAAUCAUUUAUUUGUAGAUUUUCUCAUUUGAAAACAUAGACAACAGUCCUUCAUCCCCCACCCAUCCCACCAAGGCAUCAUACCAAGACAGCACAAAAAACAAAUAAUCAAUAACAGAUACAAAAUUAAGAAUUAAUAGCAAUAAAUAAUAACAAUAGUAAUACAAUGGUAAUUACAACAGCAAUGCUCACAAGAAUGUAGGAUGAAAUGUUGUUCUCUGUUAGCAGCUCCAACAACAUUUGGCCUAUAACAGUUCCCCUCAAUCCUGGUCCAGGCACAAAGGGGUGCACACCCCGACCCCAGUUAAGGGCUGAGGCAAAUGAAUGAGGCAAAUGUGUUAUCAACUAGGAAGUCACUAAAAAAUACCAGACCAUCCUAUGCCAGAACUGGAAUGCAGUUUUGCGACACUGGGAAAAGAUGAUUAGCGGGGAGAAGCAACUAGCUUGCUUAAGACUAAAGUGAUUUCAGAAUUGGGACCAGAUUUUAAGGGAGUCCUUGAUAAUGGGAUUCAAAACAUGGAUGCUAAGGUUCAUAGGCAGUGGGGAGCACAGUAACGAGACAGGAUAAGUUUUAAGGUUUGACUGUAACUCCAUGACAACCCAAGUUGGACCAUCCUUGUUUUCAAGUGUGGAAACCCAGUAAACACACUUAGAUAUAUUUGCUGACCAGUAGUACACUGUUAAAAUGAAGUGCUUUGUAACACUAAAACUAAUGGUAACUGAGCUGCCAGCACCUUAAAGGAGACAAAACCUUAACUUUGCUGGAGUAUUGAAACACAUGGUUGUGAGGGUAUUGGGACAGAUUUAAGGUGUACUGAAACAUUAAUCCUGAGGUGUUCUGAAACAUGACAUGGUGUGUUAUAACACCACAUAAUCAAGAGUUGUGUAACACCUUGCCUGAGACGGGAGCACUAACCUGGAAAAGGAUGAAAACACUAUGGUGAUUUUUCGAAUCCUGUUUAGUGCAGAACUAGAUCCCUUCUUCUGGAGUUUCCAAAUACUGUAAAUGGGAGUCUCUUAUUGUAUAUUCCCUGCUCUUACAGUAUGUGUAGUAAGAAGAAAACUGAACAAUGAAUCAAAAUGGCUGUUUGAAUUGGACUAUUAGCAUUAGUGGCUGAAAUGCUACACAAAACAAAAGUUCUUAUUGAGUGAAUUCCUUUUCCUUCUUCUUCCUUCUACCAUUGUGUUCUCACAUUUUCAUUGACACAUACUUUCUUGGAUUGUUUUGGAGAGUUUCAUUUGAGCGUUUGCAUGUGCUCUCACCUGUCUGAGUUCGUGAAGGACCCGAAUACAGGGGAGGCGCCUGUAAACUUGCCGGUUUUAAGUAUUUGACCAUAGAGUUUGCUAGAGGGCACACCUGCCAGGAAUGCCCUCUCUCCACCUCCAUGCUUCAGACUGGAUGAAUUAUGAACAGUACAGCAGCAAAAUGUUUGAAGUUCACAUUUUACUUUAAUCCAAACAUUUGUCUUCCGAUAUGAAGGUAUGAAAAAAUAAAGGUAGAAUUUCUCGAAAAAACAUUCUCCCUAUGUAGACUUGAGAUAAAUGGAUUAAACAUGGACUGUAGUAAAUGUUGUAUUGAGUCCAUGUUAAGUCUACUUAUCUCAUGUCUGAAUCGGGCCACAUGUGCUCAGUGUAACAAAGGUGGUUCAGCACAACAGUUUAGUACUGAAGACUGGCUGAGUGGACCAAGACAGUGUUUUCACAAGCAGGGGACCCAGGUUUACAUCCACCUUCUCACAUGAAUACCAGUGAUGAAGGCCCACUUUAUACAUGUUACCUCUGCUUUAACUUACAUAGCCCUAAAUAUUUUGAUUGUAAAAUUAUUUAUAAUCUCACAAAGUUGCCUGGCAACUGUGGCCAAUAAUUAGUGCCAAACUCUACCUCAGGAAAAGUAUUACAUUCCCAGUGUCUUCCUUAAAGUGUUAAAUAAAAUAUUCACUGAAAAUGCAAUAAAUAUUUAUAAUCAAUCAAUAUUUAUGCUAUUAACCAUAUGCAAUUUAAAAGCAUUUGAUUAUAUGAGAGACAGUCUGCCAAAACAUUUUUUGUGUGUUUUGGUGCUGCCUUUUAUAUAUACUGAAACACCAAAAAGUGUUUUCACAACACUCUCUUAAAAACACAAUGAUUCAGAUUGAAGAACCACUUUCGCUGUUUCAGACUACUUCCAUUCUGUUUUUAAAUACGUUCAGUGUAUCAUAACACCUUCAUUUUGUUUACAUUCAAACACCCUCCAGAUCUCAGCUUAGGUGCACUACUUGGCAUGGUUUUACUACACAAUGAUAGUGGUUUGAGUCUUUCUAUUUUAACAGUGGAGAGUAAAAACUUGGUGUUCUUCUUUGAACAUGCCCUGUACAUAUACACAUUGGUUGAACACGCCACUGAUGACUCCUUUUCUGUCUUCUUUUCCCACAGAUUAUGGUGAUUAUGGUAAGUGACUUAGAAGACAGUCAACAAGAAAUAGUACCAUGACAUAAAUAGUACCAUGAUAUGCAAGAACCCAGAAGUCUCUAGCUCAAACACACAGAUUAAACUGAAUAAAAUGGUGAUUAAAACGACUCUAGGGGUUAUGGUAAGUGAUUCUUCUUUUCAGACAGUCAACAAGAAAUAGUACCAUGAGAUAUGUAAAUAGCACCAUUACAUAAAUAGUACCAUGACAUCUAUUUAAUAAGCAGAGUGACAAAAAGGUCAUGGGAGCUUACAUUUGAUGUCAUUUAAUCUUCUGAUAUUCACUACCCUAAUUCCAAAAAGUUGUUGCCACCAUAUACUGCCUACAUUAGCUGGGUAAGACUCAAGGUUACAGCUAGACACCUCUAUCAUUGGAGGACCAACAGGCUCAUUUAGUCUUUAAUCUGUUCUAAUUUAGGAGGUAAAUGUAGAGGCAAGCACAGCCACUGACCUUCAUCCCCAGGCCCUCAAAUUGACAUCACGCCAGAGCUUCAUUGGGAUUUUCCACGCAUUAUAAAUCCUGAACGCGUAAGGGAGAGAGUGACAGAUUGUUACUGUCAGGGCUCAAAAUGAUGUUGGAUGAGUCCACUUGGUGGUAGGAAGGAAGAGGGUGGGCAGAACAGACGGGCUCGUCAGAAACACCCAGUGCUGUUCUGUUCUUUUCUGUUCCGUUCCGCUACACCACACUGCUUCGCACCGCGGCCUGUUAGCAGAGAGCAUGAUGGGAGGGCAACCCAGGGGCAUUAGUGUCUCCAUAGAAGUGGAUACAGAUGAGGAGAGACUUGAAAAGGUCUCAUUGUAUCAGAAAUGGAAGCAGACCUGUGAAGGGCAACAACCCAACUGACUCUACACAGUUUACAAAGCAUUAACCAUAACAUCAGUUAGCUGCAAGAAAUGUGGGUGUGUGCUGUAAUUCUUUGAUCUGUUACAUACCCACCCUUCUCCCCUCCCAUCAUGGAUUACUACUCUUUAUGUUCAUCUCUAUGCCUAUGGCUAGUUGUUCAGAAUGAUUGUGUAGACUGCAUAUUAGGUUUCAGGAUAUACUGCACAUGUAACUGUAGGUUUUCAGUCAGUACUUUCAUAAAUAGUGUUUAUUUUCUCUUCAUCACAGGGACUCCAACACCGACCAUCACCGUAACACACAGGCCUGAGGAGGACACGUUCGGGGUGAGUUUGAGAACACUGUGGUGCUGUACUAAGUGUUUUUUCAGACCUAGUGGAGAUACAGCCUGUAUACAGUACAUCAACUUCUUCUUUUUCCUGGGAACACCAACAAAAAAGAGGCUUUAGUUUGAGCUAUUUUAAUCCAUUUCUUUUCAUUUUCAGUCGCUCGCUUUGUAGCUCUCUCCUAUAUGCCUUUUCCAUUGUGGCCACUGUGUUUAACAACUUCUUAAAAAUGUAAUUUUGCUCAUCUUUGUGCUGUAAUUGACUGUAUAGAGAUUAUUUCCUCAUUUUAAGGUUUUAAUGGGGAAGAGAGCAGUGACAUGGGAGGGGAGAAGACUUCCAAUUGUUUGGAGGUCCUAAUUAUACUGUAUGAGAGUCUUUCUCUCACUAUAACUUCAUUUUGGGAUUCUCCUUUUUGAUUUCUCUUUGUUAUUGCCAGUGGGAAAUGUAUAGAGGCAAUUUUCAGUAAUACAUUGCACUACUAAUCAAGUUUUCACAAGCCCCGCAUUUAGGCUUCAUGACUGUUGGCUAUUCAGUUUUUUUGAGGUAGAUAUCUUUAUUGUGAGACUUACUCUCACUAAGCCCUGUCUUGUCCUCUUCCAGGUGUCUAUUGCUGUGGGCCUUGCUGGAUUCGCAUGUGUCCUUCUUGUUGUCCUGUUUGUUCUCAUCAACAAAUAUGGCCGACGUUCAAAGUUUGGAAUGAAAGGUAAGAAGCACUCAGUGUUCUUCUGA